AUGGCGGCUUCGGUUCCUGCGUAUCCGUCCGUGCAGGGUGGAUCCCGUUUCGAUGCGACUAAGCCUAAGACAGACCUCAACAUUCAAAAAGUCGCGAUACCGCCCUUCCACGACUUCACAUUCCACUCACCUUUUUGCGAUUUGAAAGCCGGAAGAAUGGGGAUCCUCGCAACUGUCGCAGAGCCUUUCUCUGUUGUCGAGUGGACGCCACUCACCGUCGCCGCCGCUUUUGCCCUCUUCCUCACUGUCACAGUUGUCCUGAAUGUUCUGAAGCAAUUACUAUGGAAGAAUCCGACAGAGCCUCCUAUGGUCUUUCACUUGUUCCCGCUUAUCGGUAGUACUAUCACGUAUGGCAUGGACCCUGUCAAGUUUUUUCACAAAAACAAGGCGAAGUACGGUGACUGCUUUACAUUCAUAUUACUCGGCAAGAAGACUACGGUCUUUGUUGGCAAGAGGGGCAACGACUUCAUCUUGAACGGAAAGCACAGCCAUAUCAGCGCUGAAGAGGUCUACAACGGCCUGACCAAGCCUGUGUUCGGCAAAGAUGUUGUUUACGACUGUCCAAAUUCUAAGCUCAUGGAGCAAAAGAAGUUUGUUAAAUUCGGUCUAACAACGGAAGCCUUCCAAUCUUACGUCCCCCUUAUCCAGCAUGAAGUCGAAGACUACGUCAAACGUGCGCCCGCUUUUAAGGGCUCACGUGGCUCUGUCGAGGUCGUACGUGCGCUUUCCGAGACGAUUAUUUUCACGGCAUCACGUACGCUUCAAGGAAAAGAGGUCCGAAGUCUUAUGAAUUCUGAUUUCGCUGAUUGGAUGCACGAUCUUGACAUGGGAUUUUCGCCCAUCAAUUUCAUGUUGCCCUGGUUUCCUCUCCCACAUAAUCGCAGACGCGAUGCUGCUCACAAGAAAAUGAUUCAGACUUAUGCUGAUAUUGCCAAAAAGCGAAGAGCAGGAAAGGAGGAAAAGGAUGAAGAGGAUAUGAUCUGGAACUUGUUGAAUUGCACAUACAAAGAUGGUUCCAAGCUCCCCGAUCAUGAGAUUGGAGGCAUCAUGAUUGCUUUACUUAUGGGCGGCCAGCACUCCUCUGCUAGUACUACGGCUUUUGCGCUCCUACACCUCGCUGAAAGACCAGAUAUUCAGGAGAAAUUAAUUGCUGAACAGAAACGCGUUCUGGGCGAGGAACUAAGGCCUCUGAAGUACGAAGACUUGGCUAAAUUGACGCUACAUGCCCAAGUUAUCAAGGAAACGCUCAGAAUGCACUCACCAAUUCACUCGAUUCUCCGGCGCGUCAAGCAGCCCAUUCCAGUAGAAGGCACUCCCUACAUUAUUCCUACCUCGCACCAGCUUCUUGCCGCACCAAUCGCCUCCUCGAUGUCGACUGAAUACUUCCCGAACCCCGAGAAGUGGCAACCAGAACGGUGGGAUGCUAGCGCGAUGACAGUCGAAGACGAAGAGAAGGUUGACUAUGGCUAUGGAUUGAUCUCCAAGGGAGCAAACAGUCCGUAUUUGCCGUUUGGCGCUGGCCGACAUCGAUGCAUAGGCGAGCAGUUUGCGUACCUUCAGAUGCAAACUAUUAUUGCCACCUUGGUGAAAGAAUUCAAGUUUAGCUUGGAUCCUAAGAAGCCGUUCCCAAAGACGGACUAUUCGUCACUUUUCUCGCGUCCGUUGCCACCAGCAAUGUUGAUUUGGGAGAGGAGAAAUAAGGCAUGAGUAAUUAUGAAGUGUCAGAUCAUGCAGCAUUUACGUUGUUGAGCGUACACUAUAGCAUUUCCAGAAAUGUUUUGAAGAGCGGCUGAGAACUGCGAAAUAGUAAUAUGUAAUUAUUAUCUACUAAUUUUGGCCAUCUAUUGAAUGACUAUCUCAACGAGCGUCUUUUGGUCAACCACGAGCGAAACAAGAGAUAUCUCUUAGCAGAUGCUGUAGAUGGCUGCUUACACUUUGGUGUUGUACGCGCUGAAGGAUGUGAAUGCUGUUUACUACGGAGAUUUCUGCUGAAGAAGUUGAGUUCACCGUGAAGCCUUUGCGGUUUGCUGAGCAAUCUCAGGAACUAACAUUCCAUGGCACGCCCUGCAGGGAACCCUCAACUCCUAGAACAGUUUAUCUUCAUGCGGACCUGAAGAUAUUACGGCCUCGCGUCGAAAAGAUUCCAGGCAUGCUGGAAGAAUCAGUUUGAAACGGCAAAUUGGACGAACAUGACUCCUCAAUUACAAUCUACUUGGCGCGAAAUUGCUCGGUACUGGACAUUGCGUGAGAAAGUGUAUGAAGCAUCAAGCUCUUCGAUGCUCCCACAGCUUCAGUUCGUAAUGACUACUUGACUUUCGCUUUCCUCCACAAAAGC